AUGUUUAUUUUCAUUCAAUCUUUCUUCUCUUGUUCAUUCUACUACUUCAUUUUUGUUCCCCUUUCUUCUAAUUCGCAAUUUUGUUUUUUACCGUCCCUUUUCUGCUUUGAUCUCUCUUUCUCCUUUUAUCAGACUAAUAUUUCUUCACACAUUUUUGCUUCAUUUUCCCAUAUUUCACUUCUUCUUCUUCUUCUUCUUCUUCUUCUUCUUCUUCUUCCUUCUUCCCUGCUGCACCUGCUCUGUUUUUCAUCCUUUUCAUCCCAACCUCCUCCUCCUCCUCUUACUUCUUCCUUUGCUGCCAUAUUGAACAUUUUUUUUAAUCACAACCUCUUCCUCCCCGUUCUUCUUCUUCUGCUGCUGCUGCUGCUCUAUUUUUAUCCUUUAUAUUCCAACCUCCUCCUCCUCCUUCUUCUACUUCUGCUAUUGCUGCUCUAUUUUUUAUCCUUUUCAUACCAAGCUCAUCCUUCUUCAUGUGCUUGUUCUUCUUGUUCUUUAACCCUUCUUCAUUUUCCUCCUCUUACUUUUACUCUUUCUCUUCUGCUCCCACUUCAUCCUUCUCCUUCCACUUCUCCCUUUUCUUCUUCUGCUAAUACUUCUCCUCCACCAUCUUCGAUUAUUGUUCUCCUCCUUCACUACGUCUUUCCCAUCAUUCUUUUUUCACCACCUCGUCCUCUUCACACUUCUUUAUUCUGCUCCCCAGUCUUCCCCGUCUCGUUCUAA